GUCGUCGGUCGAGAUCGACCAGAAGAUAUUUGGAUGGGAUGCAGCCAGCGGACGAGUGCUAGCAGUGGCACGGGCAGUGCAGAGAAGUAGUAGAGGACGCAGUGGCAGCGGCAGCGGCAGCGGCAGGGCGUGGCGACUGGCGAGAGCUUGACGCGGCAACCACCACGCCCCGCGGAGCUGACCGGCCGGCCGGGGAGGGAGAACUCAUCGAUCUCAUCAGCUUCUGAGCAGCUCGAUCGCCAUGGAAGAUUUGGUCGGCCAGGCUCUCCCUCUGAAGGACUGAGACGCUAGCCACUUUAAUUUGCACGACAAAAUAAAGGAGGAGGAAGCCUCACUUUCGGUGUGUUCUGGCUGCCGCCGAUCGAGCCUGACGGAGAUGGCGCACGAUCCCAGCCUGGGGUUCGCGGAUUACUUCUCGGCGGCGGCGGACGCCACGGCGAUGGAGGAGGGGGCGCCCGAGCUGUACGGCUUGCACGCCGACAUGGAGUUCCUCGCCAUGCGGGGAGGCCUGGCCGCCAUGCCGGCCGCGGCGCACGGCCACGGUCACAGCAAGGCCGUGCUACUCGACGACGACGGCGGCUCCACGAACGCGGCCACCAUGCAGUUCCUGAGCGCCGGCGGCCACCAGCAGCAGCACUCGAUCCACCAGGCGCCGCUGUCGCUGUCGCUGUGCCGGCCCGAUGGUGGUGGCGACGUGGGCGUGACGUUGCACGAGCACCUCGGCGGCUCGUCCCGGCACCCUCAGCAGCAGUGGAUGCAGCACGACUACUCGGCGGCCACGCAGGGGACGCAGCACACGGCCGCGUGGCACCUGCGCAGCUCGAGGUUCCUCCUCCCGGCGCAGCAGCUCCUGCAGGAGUUCUGCAGACUCCCCGUCGAAAGCGCCGCGAAAAACAAGCGCGCCAAGCAGGCAUCAACGGCAAAGCCGCCGUCGCAGCAGCAGCAGCAGCAGCAAGAAGACGGGGGCGGCGGCGAGGGUUCGUCGUCGUCGGCCUCCUGGCCCCCGUCGCCGCAGAUCCAGGCCAUGGACGCGCUGGAGCAGCAGCGGCUCAAGGACAAGCUCUACAUCAUGCUGGAAGAGGUGGACCGGAGAUACAGGAGGUACUGCGAGCAGAUGCGGCCGGUGGCGGGCGGGUUCGAGGCGGUGGCCGGGGAGCGCGCGGCGGCGGCGUACACGGCGCUGGCGUCGCGCACCAUCUCGCGGCACUUCCGAAGCCUGCGGGACGGGAUCGUGGCGCAGCUGCAGGCGGCGCGCAAGGCGCUCGGGGAGAACAAGGACGACGUGUCCUCCGUGCCCGGGAUGACGCGCGGGGACACGCCCCGGCUGCGGGUGCUCGACCAGUGCAUCCGCCACCACAGGGCGCUCACCCAGGCCGCCAUGGCCGAGACCCACCCAUGGCGGCCGCAGCGCGGCCUGCCCGAGCGCGCCGUCACCAUCCUCCGGGCCUGGCUGUUCGAACACUUCCUGCACCCGUAUCCAAGCGACGUGGAUAAGCACAUUCUGGCUCGCCAGACGGGCCUCUCACGGAGCCAGGUGUCCAACUGGUUCAUCAAUGCGCGGGUCAGGCUGUGGAAGCCCAUGGUGGAGGAGAUGUACGUGGAGGAGAUGAAGGACGGCCAGCAGCAGCAGCAGCAGGACGACGGCGGGGGGCAGCAGAGCACGAACCCUAACCCUAGCAGCUGCAGCGAGGCGGCUGAUGGCGGGGACACAGGUGUCGACCGGAAGCCGACGCGGGCGCAGCUCAUGCACGACGCGGGUUCGCUCGCCUCGGUCGUGAACAUCGGCGGCGGCGUCUCGAGGCUGGACAACUUGGGCAUCAUGGACCACCUGGACUUCGGCUCGUACGGCGGCGGGGGCCAGCAGCAGGCGGCCGGGGGCGGCUUCGGCGGCGUGUCCCUGACGCUGGGCCUGCAGCAGCACGACUCCCACGACGGCGGCGGCGUGAACAUCGCGUUCGGCGCGCCGCCGCCGCCGCCGCCCGCGCACGACGACGACGGCGGCGGCGCCGCGGGGUAUCUGUUCGCGGCGGCGGGCGGCCAGCAGAUGGACAGCGGCGUGCACCCGGGGCCGCACGGCCACCACGCCCAGUUCGGCGCGGCGGCCGGCAUCGACAGCGAGGCGCAGGAGCACUACCGGAGCCUGGGCGCCGGCUUCCACCUUCUGCGUGACCUGGCCGGGUGAUAGAUGAUCGAGAGCGAGCUCGCUGCGGAUGAGUUGUGACCGAUGGGGAUGUGAUGUGUCGUACCGGCGCCUAGCGUGCGUCCAGUCCAGUGGCGCGCGCUACCGCAUUUGUUGGGCUCCCGCCCCGGCCGGCCGGCCGGCCGGCGCGCGGCAGGUGAUCGCGAGGUCUCGAUCGAUGAAUCAUAUCGCCACCGCGCGCCUAGUUGGCCUGCCUGCUGUGCUGUGUUAUUACUACUAGCGUAGCAGCAUGCAUGGGAGAAUGAUCAAGCAGUAUAGUAAUUUGGACGCGCGCAUGCAGGCGCAGCUAGCCGGGACCGGCCGGAGCCGCUGUGGACGAUCGACACACGCGUGCAUGCAGCUAGCUUAGCUGUUUGUCGAUCAAAUUGGUGAAGGCAUUCAAAAACUUAAUUUAUUAUGCCAGCCGAUAGAUGUUGUUGCUCGAUCGAUCACAUCAGUUCACGCAUUCAGUGUCA